AUGGGAUUAAAUUGCUCAAUUUAAAGAAAAUCGUUUUAAUUAAAAGUUAAUGAUAGAUCAUUGAAAAUGAGCAGUGAAUUUGUUUCAUUAACCUUUGAUCUUUCUUUGAAGUCUAUGAUGACAUGGUUAUUUCGUGAAAUAAAUGGAUUUAUAUUAGAUAAAAUUAGAGUUGAAGGAAAUGCUUCAAAUAUGAAAAUGCUUAAAUCAUUUCUUGGAGGUAAAAUUACAUUCAAGGGGUUUCAAAUAUUUGAUUCAUAUAGUGGAGCGAUAAACUUUUAUAAAAACAAAACAACCAAAGUAUUUUAUAAAAAAUAAAAAGGUUUGUACUUUGA